AUGUCUAGGGGAUUGAAAUGUGAGAAAAGGGUCUCUAGAAUUUCAAAUUUGGGGCUGUUUUUUGUCUGCUAUUUUUGACAGUCUAUUGUUCUUGACAGAAAACCAGAAAAUAGAUGUUGCAGUUUUUCUGAAUUUUAUUUUAUUUUUUUAUUUUUUUAAUUGCUGUUCUAAGUUGAAUAAAAUGCAAACACAUGUUCUUAAUCGUCCUACAGCAUAAAUUAAUAAUGAAUACUUCACCCCCCAACUUAAAAAUGACAUUGUCCUCAAUGACACAGAAAAAUCGAAACAGAAUAUGCAGAAAAUAUAAUUUUCAAGUGAAGCAUGCAUACAUGCAAAGUUUAGCAUUAAAAAUGUUGUCAUAAAUGAUAAAGCUCCGAAAGACAUCACCUAAACCUCGUUUUUAAUUUUCCACUUCAUCUUACACUCCUCCUCUUGCACUUUUUCGAAAAAACAAAUACAGAAACAAGUACUGCGAAAUUCUAAGAAAAACAGAGCUUAAAAAAAUUCAAACAAAAUGAAAUAAAAGUCAUGGGUUGCCUCCCAUGCAGCGCUGAAUUUAAUGUCUUCAGCUGGACAACUCUGAGAUCAUAUAAGAUGAUCUAUGGCCAUCAAAAUAUAUUUGUAUCCCAAGGUAAGUUUCAUGAUAUUCUUUUUCAAAUUUAGCAUAAAUUCAUAUACUUCAUAUAUAUACCUUGACAUACUUUCAGCCAAAACAAAAUUAACAAAAUCUUCCCAAAAAUAAUAUUUCCAUUUUGAAAAGAAUCUUUCCUCAUUUCUAUCUUGUUUUGUAAAGCUCUCAUUCAUUAAUAAAUACUUUUUAUUAAUAGACCAUAAAAUGUGAUCAGGCCAUAUAAUUUUCAAAUUAGCUCUUACCCAAUCUAGAAUUUUUUCAUCUAAAUUGAUAUCUUUAAUUCUUCCAUUCAUCCAUUUCUUAAUGUCUUCUUUUAUCUUCAUAAUCUUCCCCUGCUCUAUUUCAUCUUCCAUACAUAUUUGUUCAAUUUGUGAGGAGUGAAAUAUUUUAAGCUUAGAAGUAAUUCUAAUGGGCUGUGGGUUUUGAAGGAUGGAAGGAUUGUCUUCUUUAAUCUCAGAUCUAAUGAAUUCAGUAAAAUUCAAAUUUUCUCUUCGAAAAUUAUCUCUAUAUUCAUAUUCAUUAUUUUCAUUUCUCCCCAUUAGUUGAAUCAACUCUUUUUCUAGCUUUUCAUUUCUCAACUCAUCAAAUUUUUCAUCUUCCCAAGAGCUAUCUUUUAAUUUCGGUAUAUGAUAUACAUCAUCAUCCUCACAAUCAACAUCCAUGGCUAUAAAAUUAUGAUUAGAUUUAUUAAUUACGUCUCCUACAUCUCCCAAAUCAACUGAUUUUUCCUCACCUGAAAUAUGUUUUUCUUCAUUUGUGUCCUUACUCCCUUCUACUAAAAUUUGGAUGAUUUUUCCAUGAUCAGCUGUUGUUUCUUCAUCUAAGGGCUCUUUCUCCUCAUCAUCCUCACUAUAUUCAUUCAUCAAUUGUGAGCAAUAAAUGAUUUUAUUCAAAUUUUCUGCUACUAUAUUUUCAGCCUUAAUAUUCUCAUUUACUUCUAAUGGCUCAUCAAUUUCUUCUAAUAAUUGGAAAUAAGGAUCAGGUAAAAUAUUCUCACUCAAUGUAUUCACUGACCUAACAUUUUCAUUUCGUGGGUUUUUUUCUAAAUUUAUCCAGCUAGACUCUCGUUGCUGAAAUCUUACUGUUGGACAGUUUCCUGAAUUCUUGCCUAGGAUGAUAUUGAAAUUCGAAAUGAUCAUUUUCACCAUACAUAAGAUGUGUACUAUUUGAAUUAAAUUGAGGGUUAAGAGGCUUUCUAAUAUUGUCAAUAAGUAAAUCAAGUUUUUCUAAUCUUUGAUUAAUCUGAUUAACCUCAUUUCUAAGUUUAGAAUCAUCAUCAUGAUGCAAUUUAUAAAUUCCUCUCGUCUUAUCCUAGUCAUAUAAUUCAAAAGAGGCUUGAUCUUUCGAAUUUUCACUUAAAUUCUCAUAAAGGUUGUAAAUCUCAUCAGGGGUUUUCUCCAUAAAAGCUCCUCCACAUAUAGAAUCAACCAUAUUUCUAUGUUGUUCUAAUAAUCCAUCAUAAAAAAUUCUAUUGAGCUGCCACUUGGGUAUAGCAUGAUGAGGGCACUUUCUAAGUAAAUCUUUGAAUGUUUUCUGAUGUCUCAUGUAAAGUUUCUCCUGAUCUUUGAGAAAAACUCCAUAUAUGUUUUCUUAUAUUUUUGGGUUUUUCCUAAGGGAUAAAAUUUUCGAAGAAAGGCCUAUUCUAUGUCUUUUCAGCUUGUUAAUUCUCUAUCUAAUGUGGAUAGCCAAUGGCUAGCUUUGUCCCUAAGUGUAUUAGGAAAUAAUUUCAUCUUAAUAAUUUCUGGUGUAACUUGAGGGAGAUUAACUAAAUCAUGGACCAUAUGAAAUUUUUCUAAGUGCUGAUGAGGUUCCUCUAAAGGCAAUCCAUGAAAAUUAGGGAGCAUUUGAAAAAAUUUUGGAUUUAUUUCGAAUUUAACAGUGGGUGCUAAUGGGACUCUAAUAUUGGAUGCUCUUUGAAAUGAAUCAGGGAUAUAAUUAAUUUUUCUUUUGGAUUUUUAGUUUUGAAUGAAAUAAUGAAAGGAUUUUCUAGCCUUGGAUGCAAGGAUCUUCUACCAUGCAUAAAAAUCAAUAAAUUUGAGGGAAAAGUUUAGUAAUUGUUACCCUCCUUCAGUAUGCUUCAGUCCUUGCCUUGCUUCUUUUCGUUCCCUUUUCUAAAAAAAAAAUCAACAAGAAGAAAAUAAAACAAGAGUUAAUUUUUUUUUUUUGUGUACUCUAAGAGAAAAACAGAAAAAUACUAAAUAUUAUGCAAUACAUCCCAGGCAAUGGUGCCAAAAUUUGACGUGACUUAGUCGUUGAAUACUAAAUCACGCAAAUCUAAAAUUUUUAAAACUAGAAAAUAUGAAUUUUCAGAUAUUUAGAAGUAUUUCCGAACAAAUAUAUCAAUUAUAAUUCAAUAUAACUUCCAAAAAUAGCGGUAAUUUUCUAGGUUGAUCAUUGGGAUGUAAUAUAAUAUAUGGUAAUUAUUCAGAAUUUUCCUCAAUGAAUGCGAUUUUCUAUGAAUUGUAUACUAGGAAAUGAAAAGGAAAUAUAUUUAAAAUUCACGAAAAAAGGAAAUAAGGGUGCGGACGUCAAGAUGACAUCAACGCCCGGCGAACGCGAAUCGGGUGGAAACAGAGUUCCGCCUGGCGAUUCUUACGUAAGUGAUUACAGACGAUUUAAUUAAUCAAAUUAAGAUCUAUAAAAGCCGGAAGAAUCGUAAUAGAACAAAGUAUAUUUUGGUAAAUUAAAAUCACAAAAACUAUCACUAAAUGAAGUGUAAAGUAAGUUGAAAGCAGGAAAACAGAGUUCCGGCGUCGCGACGGCGAUGCGUCGACGAUGCACCAGAAUCCUGAGCUUUCGGGAGGAUCAUCAUGUAGUGUCCACGGCCUCGAAGGCUCUCCUUGGACAAAGACGACGUGGGCAAUCUUUAGAUCUCCUUUUGAAAUCUAGAGAUCAAUGGAAUGGGUCGUCGAGUUGUCUCCAGCAGCUGUCACCUGGCGGAGCGGAAAAACGGCGACUUUGUGGCUCUCUGGCGGCUAUCACCUGAUGGAGAGGAGCUGGAUGGAGGUGGGGCGCAUGUCAGGGAGCUUCAUCCUCAGGUCCGCGCAGUAAGAGGAGGCUCUGCAUCGCAUCUGGUACGCUCUCAGGAGGUGGUGACUCGUCUCCCGGCGGAUCGUCCUCUUCCCGACGACGGCUUGUUCGUGGAUCAAUCAGAGAUGAUUUACUUGAUGGAUUCGCAAUCCUUUUAUUGUGAAUCGUUCAGCAAUUUUAGUAGCAAUGCUCCGCGAAUCGCGUUGACAAGAUUUUCGCCAAUGAUCCAGCGAGUCUCAUUGCUUAAUCCUUCACCGGCGAUCUGCAGGAAAGUCGCGAUAAUCAGAUAAAAAUAUAUGAAUUUUGACUCUAGGAGGAUUCGAACCCGCGCCGGUUGUCCGCCCCUUCUGAGGAAGGUGUGACGCGGGUUUAGUCCCACAUCAGUUGUGCGCCGAUUUUUUAGGCGAAUAUAUAGUAAUGUUAGCUUUCUAAGCAAAGUUUCUUCUCUCGCAUGUACGACCACUUUUUGCCCCACAACCGGCUGGCCACCAGUGACGUGGAAGGGGAGUGGCGCACAUGUGCCCCCAUCGGUCCAAGCCGCUCGAGCCCCUUCUCGUGGCUACUCCCCGACUGAGCUUCCGACCCACUUGUAGGCCCGGCUGGCCGGUGGGUCCCCCAUUUUGCAAUAUUUUUAUUUUUAUUUCUUUUUCUUUAUUUAUCUCAAAAGUAAGAUUGUAAAAAUCAUAUAAAAUCACAUAAUUAACCAAAAAAUCACAUUAAUCAACUGAAAACCACUUUUCACACUUUAACACAAAUAUAAGUCUAUUUAUCACGAGUUAAGGCUAAAACUAUAUUAUUUACUAAUUAUUAACUCAUGAUAAUGAAAACUUAUCACUACACUAUUGUCUCAAGUUGCCUAAGCGAUAGACUAAAUUUAGGCAAUGAUUUUUUUUAUACUUUCAGUAUUUAUUUACCUACUUUGACAUUUAUUUCUAUUUUCUGAUAAUUUAUUUCUAUUUCGUGCAUAUUUUGAUUAAAAUGAGUAGGACUAAUUCAAAACUUGACGAAUGAUGUUUGUUCUUUUUCUUAAUCCUCCAAAAUUCAUCUAAGAUCAAGCUAAGAUCAUUUUCAAUUUAUUUUCUAUUGAUUUUCAUAGUCAAAUCUUGAUAUAUUCAUAUUUCCUACAUUUGUAAAUAAUAAGUAUUUUUUUAUUUUCAAACGUAAGAUCAACGAGAUUAAAGGCUGCUCAAUGAUUGUUGAACUGUUAAAACAAGAUAGAGUUAUUCACGAUUGACCUCAGGUCAUGUGUGUGAAUUCUUGAGCACACAUUUAUCCGCGAAUAAUGGUCAUUGUGAAAAUGAGUUGAUUGUAUUUCUCUCUUUCAUUAUUAUCAUUUUAUUAUUUCUCUCUUCCUCUCUCAUGAGACCUUUUCUUCUCUCUACGUCUCUUGUGAGAUCUCUCUCCCUCUCUCUCUCUCUCUCUCUCUCGAUAUCCUUCUCUUUUUCUCUCUCUCCCUGAUCUCUCUUCCUCUCUCUCUCUCUCGAUCUCCUCUUUUUCUCUCUCAAUUGAUCUUCUUCUCUCUCCCUGAUCUCUCUUCCUCUCUCUCUCUCUCUCUCGAUCUCCUUCUCUUUUUCUCUCUCGAUUGAUCUUCUUCUCUCUCUCCCUAAUCUCUCUUUCUCUCUCUUUCAUGAGAGCUCUCUUUUCCUCCUUCCUUUAGUCUUCUCACCUCGCUUGUUUAUUUUAUUAUUUCUAUUAAAUAGUGAUAAAAUAUUAAAAUCACUCUAUAUAAACUAAAUUAGUUUUUUACAACAGACUAAUCAAUCUCUCUGUGUUCGACCUAAAACUUAUAUUAGAUUAGACCAUAGAGUCUGGUUAGUAUUGGGCUCUAAUUGAUAUCACCCUACUAGUCCAACAUAUGACCCUACAAGUUGCAUUUCUAAUUAGAUCCUUGUUAAGAGUUCUCACCCACAUUGAAGGUGCUCUUGACCAUCACGUCAACAUGUCAACUAUUGGUUGUUAAGAACCAUGUUGUCAAGAAGAGAAUAGAUGGCAUGAGAUAACAUGAAGUCAACAUGGGAAUUUUAGCCUCUUAGUGUUAAAAAGAGACCAUAGCCUAGUAAGAGGGUAGGUAGCUUUUAGGUAGUUCCCUAAGGAAGGAGAGGAGAUUGAUCAUCUUGAAUCAAGUCUAUUCUAGAGGAGAGGAGAUUUACCUACACCAUCUCAUUAUUCAUCUUCCUCUCAUUUUCAAUUUGUUUCCUUGUAUGUUAUUCUAUUGGUUCUCAUCCGUUGGAGUAUCAUUAGUCUAUUUAUUAAUCCAACCAUCCUCCUUACAUAGGAGUCUAAUAACGGCCCACCAAUGGAAGAUAGGGGGUGAUAAGUCUUCAUUAUCAUGAGUUAAUAAUUAGUAAAUAAUAUAGUUUUAGUUUUAACUCAUGAUAAAUAGACUUAUAUUUGUGGGAAAGUGUGAAAAGUGGUUUUCAAUUGAUUAACAUAAAUUUGUGGGUAAUUAUGUGAUUUUAUACAAAUUUAUAUGAUUUUUACAGUCUUACUUUUGAGAUAAAUGAAGAAAAAUAAAUAAAAAUAAAAAUAAGACAAAAUGGUGGGGACCCGCUGGCCAGCGGGGCUUGCAAGCGGCCCGGAAGCACAAUCAUGGAGUAGCCGCAAGUAGGGGCUCGAGCGGCUUGGACCAAUAGGGGCAUAUGUGUGCCACUCCUCUUCCACGUCACCAGUGGCCAGCCGGCUAUGGGACAAGGAGUCGUCGUACACGAGUGAGAAAGGGACUUGAUCGGAAAUGUAAUAUUAUUAUAUAUUCGCCAGAAACUUUAGUGCACAAUCGAUGUGGGACUAAACCCGUGUCACCUUCCCUAGAAAGGGCGGGCAACCGGCGUAGGUUCGAAUCCUCCCAGAGCCAAAACUCAUAUUUUUAUCUAAUUAUCGCGACUUUCUUGCAGAUCACCAGUGAAGGAUUAAGCCACCAGAAUCACUGGAUCAUCGGCAAAAAUCUCAUCAACGUGAUUCGCAGAGCAUUGUUACUAAAAUUGCUGAAGGAUUCACGAUAAAAGGAUCGCGAAUCCAUCGAGUAAAUCAUCUCCGAUUGAUCGACGAACAAACUAUUGUCAAGAAGAGGACGAUCUGCCGGGAGACGAGACGCCACCUCCUGAGAGUGUAUAAUCACUCUAGGACAUCCAAAUCUCGAAAAAAUAUUUUCCUACACAAAUUUCAUAACGAUUUUAUGAUCAUUAGUUCUAGUAGGAAUAGCUUCCACCCACUUCGACACAUAAUCAAUAGCAAGCAAAAUAUAUUCAUAUUUUUCAGCUGAUGGGAAGGGACCCAUGAAAUCUAUUUGCCAUACAUCAAAAAUUUCGACUACUAACAUGUUUCUCAUGGGCAUUUUAUCUUUUUUACUCAUGUUACCUAUAGAUUGGCAUGAAAUACAUGUUCUACUAAAUUUUAUAGAAUCUCUAAUGAUUGUAGGCCAAUAAAAACCACACUGAAAAAUUUUUGCAGCUAUUUUUUGUCUAGAGAAAUGUCCUCCACAGUUAGAUGAAUGGCACAUGUUAAUAAUGCUAUGAUAUUCUUCUUCAGGAACAUAUCUCCUUAAAAUUUGAUCAUUGCCCAAGUAAUAUAAAUUAGGAUCAUGCCAAAAAUAAUUUCUAAUCUUAGAAAAGAAAUGAUGUUUUCUAUUCUUAUCCCACUGUUCUGGAGUUUUUCCAGAAACUAGAAAAUUAACAAUAUGUGCAUACCAUGGUGAUGGUUGAUGUUGAGCUGCCAUCAAUUGUUCAUCUAGAAAUGCGUCUUGUAAAGAUGCUGCAUUUAUUCCUGUAUCACUUAAUCUAGAAAGAUGGUCAGCAACAACAUUCUCGAAACCUUUUUUAUCUUUUAUUUCUAAGUCAAAUUCUUGCAACAAUAAAAUCCAUCUUAAUAAAUGUGGCUUUGCAUGUUUCUUAUUUAAUAGAUAUUUUAAUGCUGCAUGAUCAGUAUAAAUAAUAAUUUUAGCUCCCAAAAUAUAUGAUCUAAACCUUUCUAACGAAAAUACUAUAGCGAACAACUCUUUUUCAGUCAUGGUAUAAUUUAAUUGAGCAUCGGAUCUAGUUUUACUAGCAUAUGAAAUUACUAUGGGUUUUGACUCUUUUGUUUGUCCUAGAAUGGCCCCCACUGCAUAAUUCGAUGCAUCACAUAUUAUUUCAAAGGGAAAGGACCAAUCAAGAGCUUGUAAAAUAGGUGCCUCAGUAAGUAAUCUUUUUAUUUCAGAAAAAGACUUAAAACAUUUCUCAUCAAAAUUAAAAGGCACAUCUUUAGAUAAUAGCAUGGUGAGAGGUUUAGAAAUUUUCGAAAAAUCUUGAAUAAAUUUUCUGUAAUAACCUGCAUGACCCAAGAAAGAUCUAAUCUAUUUUACUGAAUUUAGAGGUUUCAUUUUAGAUAUAAUAUCAUUUUUUGCUCUAUCCACCUCUAAACCCCUUUCACUCACAAUAUGACCCAACACAACUCCCUCUCUAACCAUAAAAUGUGAUUUCUCCCAACUCAAAACUAAUUUUUUCUCUAUGCAUUUCUCAAGUACAUGCUGUAAAUGAUUUAAGCAUUCAUCAAAUGAUUCACCAAAAAUAGAAAAAUCGUCCAUAAAAAUUUCCAUGCAUUUUUCAAUCAUAUCAGAAAAAUAAGAUAGCAUACAUCUUUGAAAUGUGGCUGGAGCAUUACACAGACCAAAAGGCAUGCGUUUAAAAGCAAAAGUAUCAAAUGGACAAGUGAAAGUUGUUUUUUCUUGAUCUAGAGGGUUUAUAUAAAUUUGAUUAUAACUAGAGUAUCCAUCCAAAAAACAAAAAAAGUUUUUUCCAACUAAUUUUUCUAGAAUUUGAUCAGUAAAUGGUAGGGGAAAAUGAUCUUUUGUAGUAACUGAAUUUAAUUUUCUAUAAUCAAUGCAAACCCUCCAACUGAUAGUUAAUCUUGUUUGUAUUUCAUCCCCAUUUUCGUUUUUAAUAACCAUGAUCCCUGAUUUUUUUGGCACCACUUGUGUAGGACUAACCCAUUUGCUACCUAAAAUAGGAUAAAUAAUAUCAACAGCAGCCACUUUAAAAUUUCUUUUUUUACAAUUUCUAUCAUGUUAGGAUUUAAUCUUCGUUGUGGUUCCCUGCUAGUUCUAACCCCUUCCUCUAGAUAUAUACUAUGCAUGCAUACACUCAUAUCAAUGCCCCUUAGAUCGUCCAUUUUCCAGCCCAUAGCCUUCUUAUUUUUUCAAAGUACAUCUAAUAAUUCUUCUUCCUGUUCAUCACUCAAAUCAGUUGUAAUAAUAAUAAGAAAUGAAUUAUUUUCCUCCAAAAACAGAUAUUUUAAACUAGAGGGAAGAGGUUUCAACUCUAAAUUCAAAUGAUCUUUCUCUCUCUUUUCUGCCAAAUUUAUAUUCUCUAUUUCCUCUAAUUCUUCCAGCACACAGUCAUCAAUAACAUCUGGAUCAUCAAAAUCAUCUAGAAGGUCUAUGGUAUGAUAAUCAUAUACUUGUGAUUUCUUAAGAUCAUUUGGUACCUCAAAAAUUUUAAUUUCUACUGAUUGAUCUCCACAUGAAAUUUUUGCAACACCUGUGGGAAAAUCAAUAUUCAUCUUUGCUGUAUGCAAAAAUGGUCUCCCUAGGAUGAUUGGUGUAUCAUAAAACUGUCCAUUAAAAUCCAUUUCCAGCACUACAAAAUCAGCUGGAAAUUUACACCCUUUAAUUGUCACUAUCACAUUUUCUAAAAUACCUUUAGGAUGUUUUAUGGAUCUAUCAGUAAAUUGUAAGGUAACAAUAGAAGGUUUAAGAUCAGAAAUAUUAAAUUUAUCACAAAUACUUGCAGGUAAUAAAUUAAUACCAGCACCGGUGUCAAGUAAUGCAUUCUGAAAAAUGGAUCCACCCAUAUCACACGAAAUUAAAGGGGCACUUGUAUCUCUCAAUUUAUAUGGCAAUUGAUUUACUAAUAAUGCACUAGCAUGCAUAGAUAAUUUUUCUACUCUUGGUGCCCUUUUUGGUGUACACAUUUCUUUCAAAACUCUAGCAUAUUCAGGAAUAUGUUCAAUAGCAAUGAGUAAAGGAAGACUAAUUUGCACAUCUUGUAAAAUUUUCUUUAUUUCUUCAUUGUGUUCCUUUUUCUUUGUCUAGGCUCUAAAGCUUUAGGAAAUGGAAUGGUUGUCCUCUCUUUCGAAAUUUCCUUGGUAGAAUCUAUAAAAUCCUCUUCUACUCCUAUUUGAUUUUGUUUUGGGUUGUCCACAUUUUCUUUUUCUUCUAAUGUUUGGGGAUAAGGAUCAGGUAAGAUCUUACCACUCCUUAAUGCAUUCACUGUCCUAACAUUUUCAUUUCGUGGGUUUUUUCCUAGAUUCAUGCUACUAGAUUCUCCUUGCUGAAAUCCUAUUGUUCAGCGGUUCCCUGGAUUUUCUAUGGGCUGACUAGGUAGCUAUCCCUCUUCUCUCUUAUUCCCAAGAGCCUCUAUAAUUUGUUUCUGGUGCAUCAUCAUUUGAUUCAUAGUUUGUAAAAUUAUUCCUCUAAUUAGGAUUAUAAGAAUUUGAAAAAGGUUCCCUAUUUUUAUUAAAACCGUGAGCUACUUGCACUUGUUCUUGCAUAGAGUGAAAUGAUUGAUCUAAAUUAUAGCAUUGAAAUUCAGAAUAAUCAUUUUCAUCAUACAUAGGACAUGUACUAUUUGAAUUAAAUUGAGGGUUAAAAGGCUUUCUAAUAUUGUCAAUAAGUAAAUUAAUUUUUUCUAAUCUUUGAUUAAUCUGAUUAACCUCAUUUCUAAGUUUAGAAUCAUCAUCAUGAUGCAAUUCAAAUAUUCCUCUCUUCUUAUCCCUAUCAUAUAAUUCAAAAGAGGCUUGAUCUCUAGAAUUUUCACUUAAAUUCUCAUAAAGAUUGUAAAUCUCAUCAGGAGUUUUCUCCAUAAAAACUCCUCCACAUAUAGAAUCAACAAUAUUUCUAUGUUGUUCUAAUAAUCCAUCAUAAAAAAUUCUAUUGAGCUGCCACUUGGGUAUAGCAUGAUGAGGACACUUUCUAAGUAAAUCUUUGAAUUUUUCUGAUGUCUCAUAUAAAGUUUCUCCUGGUCUUUGAAAAAAACUUCAUAUAUGUUUUCUCAUAUUUUGAGUUUUUCCUAAGGGAUAAAAUUUUCGAAGAAAGGCCUAUUCUAUGUCUUUCCAACUAGUUAAUUCUCUAUCUAAUGUGGAUAGUCAAUGGCUAGCUUUCUCUCUAAGUGUAUGAGGAAAUAAUUUCAUCUUAAUAAUUUUCAGUGUAACUUGAGGGAGAUUAACUAAAUCAUAGACCAUAUGAAAUUUUUCUAAGUGCUGAUGAGGUUCCUCUAAAGGCAAUCCAUGAAAAUUAGGGAGCAUUUGAAAAAAAAUUGGAUUUAUUUCGAAUUUAACAUUGGGUGCUAAUGGCACUCUAAUAUUAGAUGCUCUUUGAAAUGAAUCAGGGAUAUAAUAAUUUUUCAUGACCAUAGGAUUGUUCUCAGUUUGACCUGUACUUCCUUCAGGAUUCAUCAAAAUUAAUUUUUCUUUUGGAUUUUUAGUUUUGAAUGAAAUAAUGAAAGGAUUUUCUAGCCUUGGAUGCAAGGAUCUUCUACCAUGCAUAAAAAUCAAUAAAUUUGAGGGAAAAGUUUAGUAAUUGUUACCCUCCUUCAGUAUGCUUCAGUCCUUGCCUUGCUUCUUUUCGUUCCCUUUUUCUAAAAAAAAAUUGGCAAAAAGAAAAUAAAACAAGAGUUAAAUUAUUUUUUUGUGUACUCUAAGAGAAAAACUGAAAAAUACUAAAUAUUAUGCAAUACAUUCCCAGCAAUGGCACCAAAAUUUGACGUGACUUAGUCGUUGAAUAUUAAAUCACACAAAUCUAAAAUUUUUAAAACUAGAAAAUAUGAAUUUUCAGAUAUUUAGAAGUAUUUCUGAACAAAUAUAUCAAUUAUAAUUCAAUAUAACUUCCAAAAAUAACGAUAAUUUUCUAGGUCGAUCAUUGGGAUGUAAUAUAAUAUAUGGUAAUUAUUCAGAAUUUUCCUCAAAGAAUACUAUUUUAUAUGAAUGUUAUACUAAGAAAUGAAAAGGAAAUAUAUUUAAAAUUCACGAAAAAAGGAAAUAAGGGUGCGGACGUCAAGAUGACGUCAGUGCCCGGCGAACGCGAAUCGGGUGAAAAUAGAGUUCCGCCCGACGAUUCUUACAUAAGCGAUUACAGCCGAUUUAAUUGAUCACAUUAAGAUCUAUAAAAGCAGAAAGAAUCGUAAGUGAACAAAGUAUAUUUUGGUAAAUUAAAAUCACACAAAUUAUCGCUAAAUAAAGCAUAAAGUAAGUUGAAAGUAGGAAAAUAGAAUUCUGGCGUCGCGGCGGCGAUGCGUCGGCGAUGCACCGGAAUCCUAAGCAUUCAGGAGGAUCGUCGUGUAGUGUCCACGGCCUCAAAGGCUCUCCUUGGACAAAGACGACGUGGGCAAUCUCUAGAUCUCCUUGCGACGUCUAAAAAUCAAUAAAAUGGGUCGUCGACUCAUUUCCAGCGGUUCUCACCUGGUGGAGCAGAAAAACGGCGACUUUGCAGCUCUCCGACGGUUGUCACCCGAUGGAGAGGAGCUGGAUGGAGGUGGGGCGCGUGUCAGGGAGCUUCAUCCUCAGGUCCGCGCAGCAAGAGGAGGCUCUUCAUCGUAUCUGGUACGCUCUCAGGAGGUGGCGACUCAUCUCCCGGCGGAUCGUCCUCUUCUCGACGACGGCUUGUUCGUCGAUCAAUCAGAGAUGA